CGGGACGAGAGUUUGCGAGUUAGUCAGUCAGUGCUUGACUGGGGGAGACAUGAAACAAUUUUAGUGAGAGAGGAACUUCGCAAAACUUAUUGUGCGCCUCUUUCUGUGGUGUAUAAAUAUAUGUUCAACAUCUUAUCAAUGGCUAGUUCUGGAUUAUUAAACAGAGCGACGGGGGAACGCGCAGACAGCCCGCAACUUUGUAAAAAGUUGAUUUUCUUCAUAAACUCUUCUCUUCCCAGCAUGUUGUUAUUACCGUGCUCCCUGGCUGCCCUGUUGCUGGUCUUAGCACCGCUGUGCUCUGGGCUUAAUUUGGACGUGGAGACACCGACGCUCUUCAGCGGACCUAACGGGAGCUACUUCGGGUUUUCAGUGGAGUUUUAUCUCCCGGGUUCCUCAAGUGUAAGCGUUCUGAUUGGUGCUCCCAAAGCCAACACCAGCCAACCGAAUAUCACCGAGGGCGGAGCUGUGUACUACUGCCCCUGGGCCCGCAACCAAUCAGAUUGCAGGAUCAUAGAGUUCGACACCAAAGGGGACAGAACCACAGUCAUCAUCAACGCCACAGAACAGGCAGAGUUCAAAUCCAAUCAGUGGUUCGGAGCAACUGUGCGCUCCCAUAACGGCACUGUACUGGCCUGCGCCCCGCACUAUCACUGGAGGACCCAGAAGGACGAGGCUGGCUCCGACGCCACAGGGACCUGCUUCCUGUCAGUCGGUAACUUCACAGAGUUUGUGGAGUACGCGCCCUGCCGCUCGGAUCGGAAUGGUUCAGGGGGUCAGGGAUACUGCCAGGGCGGUUUCAGUGCUGAUUUCACCAAGAGGGGGAGGGUCGUCCUUGGCGGACCAGGAAGUUUCUUCUGGCAAGGUCAGCUGAUCUCUGCCACUCAGGAGGAGAUUGUCAAGUCGUAUUUCUCAGAGUACUUCAUCACGCAGGUGGGAGGGGAGAUCCAGACACGGCAGGCUCACGUGUCGUACGACGACAGCUACCUGGGUUACUCUGUGGCUGUGGGAGAGUUCACUGGAGAUGCAGAUGAAGAUUUUGUAGCCGGGGUGCCAAAGGGAGCUCUGAUAAAUGGUUAUGUGGCUGUACUGAAUGGAACUGACCUGAAAUCCAUAUUCAACUAUUCGGGAGAGCAGAUGGGCUCCUAUUUUGGCUACGCUGUGGCUGUGACUGAUGUCAAUAACGAUGGUCUGGAUGACCUCCUCGUGGGCGCCCCCAUGUUCAUGGUGAGGGGUUCAGACGGGAGGCUUGAGGAGGUGGGGCGCACAUACCUGUACCUGCAGACUGUCCCCCUGGAGCAGGACCCCUCCCCCCAGACACUGACAGGUUCUGAGGUGUUCGGCAGAUUCGGGAGCUCCAUCGCCCCCCUCGGAGACCUGGACCAGGACGGCUUCAACGACGUUGCAGUCAGCUGUCCGUUCGGCGGCGAGGAGCAGCAGGGUCGGGUCUACAUCUAUAACGGCGGGGCCAGGGGGCUCCGGGACACCCCAUCCCAGGUGCUGGUGGGGCAGUGGGCGUCCAGCAGCCUGCCAGCCAGCUUCGGCUAUGCCAUGCGUGGGGGCAAGGACCUCGACGGGAAUGGCUACCCAGAUCUCCUAGUCGGGGCGUUUGGAGUAGACAAGGCAGUUCUAUACAGGGCCCGCCCGAUCGUGAACGCCAGCGCCACGCUCUUCGUGUACCCCGCCAUGAUCAAUCCGGAGGAGAAGGCGUGCUCCAUCAACACCACCAAGAACGGGGUCAACACCAGCGUCCCCGUCUCCUGUGUCACCCUUGGUUUCUGUCUCCACGCGAAUGGGAAGCACCUUUCAGACCGCAUAGAUUUCAACGUGGAGCUGCAGCUGGACCGGCUGAAGCAGAAGGGAGCGGUGAAGCGGGCUCUCUUCCUGCAGUCCAGGCAGCCCAGCCUGCAGCAAACCAUCAGUGUGCAGAACGGGUUGGGAGAGAUCUGCAGGGAGAUGAAGAUCUACCUGAGGGAUGAGUCAGAGUUCAGGGACAAGCUCUCCUCCAUUUAUCUCUCCCUGAACUUCAGUCUGGACCCCCUCGCCCCCGCGGACCGGCACGGCCUGCAGCCCAUCCUCAACUACCAGACCCAGGACCUCAUCGAGCAGAAGGCUCAGAUCCAGCUCGACUGUGGGGAUGACAACAUCUGUGUCCCAGAUCUCAAGCUCACAGUCCACGGGGACAGGAAGGAAGUGCACCUCGGGGAUGACAACUCUCUGACGCUCACCUUCAACGCCUGCAACGAGGGAGAGGGCGGGGCCUAUGAGGCGGAGCUCUACGUGGUUCCGCCCCCAGAGGCCGACUACAGCGGGAUCGUGCGAAACAACGAGAGCUUGUCCCAGCUCGCCUGUAGCUACGAGACUGAGAACCAGACCCGAGUGGUGAUCUGUGACCUGGGGAACCCCAUGCGGUCCGGCACCAGCCUCUGGGGGGGUCUGCGUUUCACUGUGCCGCACCUGAAGGACUCCAAGAGGACCGUGCAGUUCGACUUCCAGAUCAGAAGUAAAAACGAGAUGAAUUCCCGCAGUGAAGUCGCUGCGUACAAGCUGGAAGUCGCAGUGUUGGCAGAGGUCAUCUUCCAGGGGGUGUCCAAGCCGGAGAACGUGGUCUUCCCGCUGGUUAACUGGAAGGCCAGCAAGCGUCCUGUGAUGGAGCAGGACAUCGGGCCGCUGGUCAGGCAUGUGUAUGAGAUGGUGAAUAACGGCCCCAGCUUGAUAAGCCAUGCCGUCCUGGAGCUGAACUGUCCAAUGAAGAUUCAGAGUCACCAGCUGAUGUACCCUGUGGAGGUCUUUACCCACGGACCCCUCAACUGCACCACCAACAACACCAUCAACCCCUUCCAGGUCAAGCUGAACCACUCUCCCACGGAGCAGACCCCCACCCUCACCCCCGGCCCCGAGCACUACAUCCAGAAACGGGACGCCCCGCGGGACGCUCUCUCUGAAAUGGACACGCUGAGCUGCUCCCAGGUGGACUGUCUGAAGCUGCGCUGUGAGGUGGGGCUGCUGGAGAGGGGCACCAGCGCGGUCCUGGAGGUGCGAUCCCGGAUCUGGGCAGAGACCUUCACUCAGAGGAAGUAUCGCCCCUACGUGCUGGAGUGCCAGGCUGCUUACAACGUCCUCAAAAUGCCCUACGAAAUCCUGCCCAGGACGUCCCCUAGUGGAGCAAUACAGGUGAGCACGUCGGUGGUUUGGACCAAACCAGACAACCCGUACGCCGUGCCUCUGUGGAUCAUUAUCCUGGCAGUCCUCGCAGGACUCCUGCUGCUGGCACUGCUCAUCUAUAUAUUAUACAAGCUUGGUUUCUUCAAACGCUCCUUACCCUACGGCACCGCCAUGGAAAAGGCCGAACUCAAGCCCCAGGCUGCGUCCGAGGCCUAAACAGCAGUAGGCCACUAAGACCAAAAAAAAAAAAAAAAAAAAAAAUUUAAAUGAAAAAAACAUUCGAGUGAAACACUGCAGCGAGGAGGGAGACCACUGGAACUCAAAGACUGCACUAAACACAGCAAAAAAAAAAAAAAAAAAAACCCAAAAUGAAUGUUUUUCAUUUCAUUUUACGAGGGUGGGCAGGAUGGGGAAUACAAGCAAACGAAUGCACGCGACUGGAUUGGAGAUCCGAGACUGAAAUGAAAAUGCAACCUGAUCUGUACAGCGUUGCGUUGCACUCCUCCAGUCAUGUGGAUGGUCAUGGGUGACCAUUGUUUAGUUGGCUUUUUAUGAACUGUUUCUGGCUGACCGUACCGACUGCAGUUUGUGUGCUUUUUUUUUUUUUUUUUAAUUUGUGUACAUUUUCUUUCAUUUGAUUUCAUCCAUAUAUAUUUUGUGUGUGUAUGUGAUUUAUUUGGUGCUAGAAUUGGGCUGCCUCCCUCAGUCACUCAAUUCAGGUAAGCCUGGGAAACUUGUCUCUGUAUAACUGUGUAGUGAGCAGCAGUACAGAAACUUGCAUUGCCAAGCAAAACGUAGGGAUCCCUUCCCACUCCUCCUCCAGCCCUGCUUUCCAUUAGCAUUUCCCCAGCGAACUCCCUCCCUCCCUGACAACGCAGUCUUCCUGCCUGGCCUCCAGCAGUCCUGGCCCUGCUCAGAAGUCGCUGAGUGUUGGGACUGGUGCAGAUUUUCCUGCCUUGCUGCAAUUCAGAGACGCUUGUAAAGCCCAGACUGUUCCAAUAGGGUACCCCUGUGCUGUUCCUGCACUGGCUGUUUUGUCUUGUUCUAAAGCCGUGUGGAUUGGACUGAGGAGAGAGAGAGAGAGAGAGGACGUGUGUGCCUGACGGAGAGCGAAGUGGGGGUCUCUGCUCUUUGUUACAGGACUCCUGGAAUGAACCACUCUGUUGGUUCUGCAGACUGGUGCUCAAAGUGCAAAAACAGGAGCCUGGAUUAAAUCAAAAUUACAGCGCUGCCAAAAUCAUCCUCGGAUUUAGAAUCGAUUUACCAAACCAGUAUCGGAUGAGAACAGAGUAGUGAUCACUGCAUUUGUUUAAUGCUAGCAGCACUGCAUAGUAUGGCAAACGUCAUCUACAGUGCCAUUAUAUAUAUAUAUAUAUAUAUAUAUAUAUAUAUAUAUAUAUAUAUAUAUAUAUAUAUAUAUAUAUAUAUAUAUAUAUAUAUAUAUAUAUAUAUAUAUAAACCUGGGGUAAGAAUAGAUAUCGCAGCGCCAUAAACUUUGAUUUAACAAAGGUCACCCUGGAGAGGUGAGGGGUGCGUUUUCACAAUCGCACCGAAAGUCCUGUCCGAACGCCACUGCUAGUAGCUGCAGCUUUUUCUUUUUUGUGUUUUUUUUGUGUUUUUUUUUUUUUUUUUUUUUUUUUUUUUCCUUUUAAUGAUUUUGGUAGGUUAGGUUUGAUAUUUAAUUUAAUCUGGGAAGUUUCCAGUACCUAGAUGUACUCGCGGUCGACUCAGAAGACGCUGCUGCUUUUAAAACUGGUCUUAAGAGAAGUAGGUAGCUUUUUGGGUUACUAGAUUAGAUUGCAGCUUUUUAGUUCUGUAGCCGGACGGUAGAGAAGCCGGGUUACUGGGGAAUCCCUGAACGGUGUUGUAAGUGCAAUAUAUUUUACGUCAGAGACGUCAUUCUAGCUUGGAGUGUGGAGGACUGACCCAGAGAUGGCUUUCAUUCCCGUCUUACAAUGUACAUUUGUAAAGAUGCCAGUCCAGCAACGUUGCCCAUCAUAAUCUCAUCAGAAAACACACGUCACAGUCUGGUGGAAGGAUUGACAAUCAAGGAGAAGUAACUCCUGAUCAUAUCAACACUAAAGUGCCAUGAUAACACUGCAGAACACAAGAACGUUCAUGAACGAGAGGAGGCUGUCCGGCCCAUCGGUGCUCGUGCGGUUUCCAAUAGCCGUUAGGUCUUAAAACUUUGUCGUCGCGCUCGGUAGCCCAUUGCGUACCCUCAAAGUCUUCUGUAUCCUGCAGAGCCCGGUGCUGCUCAAGCUGGAUGUUCAGAAGAGUCUAAUUCUGAGUCUGCAGGUCUCUGCAAUGAACUGAACUGGGUCGGUCCUCUCACGUUUUAUUUAGGCUUCCUUGGUUUUUCUUCCCCAAGCAAUUUCAAAAGUUGUAAAUAUGUAUUGGUAGAGAAGAAUAUUUGAAGUGUGCCUUUUGAAAAUUCAAUGAAAAAAUGAAUUUCCUCUCCCCAUAUUGGGUGACACAUAUAUAUUUUAUUUUGUUUUUCAUUUUUUGUUGUAUUUUACUGUUUUUUUUAACAAGCAAAUAAAAUUGAUUUUGUACAAAA